GGUAGUGAGUCAGUGUGAAUGUGAACGUGGUGCUGAACGGAGGCCCAGUGCUCGCGCUGCUGUCCCACCACCUGCCAGCCAGCCACACACACCACUCGCGUCUCGGGGAUUCGCGCCCGAGGACCGUCACCCGGGAUUUACACUUGCUUUGUGACGGCCACUUCUCUCGCGUGUGUUGCUAGGACUCUGUCCACGUUUGACGGCGUCCUCGUGUUUUACUCGUUACUUUCCUUCUCUCGCACAUAUCGGAAAAAGAUUAAGAGGGAAAGAAGGAAGACUUUGGCGUAGUGAAGAUCUCUCAGGGAUAAUCUCCCUUCCCUUCCAGCGAAGUGAUUGUUUUGCCUCGACGUCUCUGGUCUUUCCCCCAGGGUUUGUUGAGAGAGAAAAAUAGUAAUUAUCAGAAAGGGAAAGAGUGUUCUUUGAAGUGCAUUGCGGUGGUCCUUCCGAUUCGGUGGUCGUUGUCGCGAAUCGCCACCAUGGCCAGUUGUAUUUGAGGCUGUGGUCGAGCCCUCGCCACACUACACUCACUUGUUGCUAGCAGACAAGUGCCGAGUGCCACUGCCUCCUGUGCAGUGACACCGCGAGUGCCAAUCGAGUGCCCCCUCCUCAGUUGCUGCCCCCACCGCCAUGGUGCUGCAGAACCCCCGUCUCGCCUCCUCCGAGAUCCUGGAGUAUGAUGAGGCACCUCUUGACCUCAGCGUCUCCAACCGGACCCGCUGUCCUUCCCCGCCGAGGAGUCCCUACUUCUACCGCGAGUCCAUGAGUCCAGACUACCAGGACUACCAAGAUCGGGACUACCAGGAUCGGGACUAUCAGGACCGGGACUACCAGGACUACCAAGAUCGGGACUACCAGGACCGGGACUUCCAAGACCGGGACUAUCAGGACAGGGACUACCAGGAUCGUGAUACCAGUAGCCCCCAUGACUCCGACGACUCCGAUAGUCAGCGGCUGCCUCACCCGAAUCCUGCCAAGGCCUACAAGAAGGCUAUGAUGAGACGCUACCUUGACACCGAUGGAGGUCGUGUGGUCGGCCCCCACCAUGCGGACACGCUGCACCACCACCACCACCACACCCACCACCAUCACCACCACCAACACCACCUCAACAACAGCGUGGCCAGGUCCAGGGAGCAGCUCCUGCAGGACCUCCUCUCCUCGGGCCAGCAGAUGCCGCCGCACCUCCAGAGCUCAAGUAACAACAACAACAGUAGUAUGUACAGCCCCGGCGCCACCUACCCGCCCCCUCACCCGGCCGCCCACACCGGACAUCGGACGGCUUACUCAGCCUCUCAGCCAAACACUUCCGUAGGAGGGUCCCUUCCCCCUUCGCCAGCGGACUCAGGCGUAUCUGACGUGGACUCUUCCAGCGGACACACCAGUAAUGACGAGUCCAAAACCAGACUACACCUCACAGUGUGCGGCUCCCGACCCCGGACUCCCCGUCGUCGGGCGCCGAGGCAGGAGGAGGCGGCCUGCCGUCCUUCCACCCGACCUACUCUCCACAACAACUCCACAUUCGGUCCACGUCACAGCCGCCUCACACCCCCAACCCCUUCCCCAGGCCUCAAGGUACGAGUCGUCACCUCCAGCAGGAGCGACAGCCAGCGCGGCGGCGUAGAAACAAGAUUCCCAGGCGCGAGGGUGCAGGUUCGCAAAAUGGACCUGUUCCUCUAUGUACCUGUUCUUCUGGGGCCGCUUGAGCUUCGCGAAUCGAGGGACCACAAGCGGGACGUUUCCCAAGCAAUAGCCAAUACGUGCAGAUGGUUCCCCGUGACAGAAGCUUACUCCGACCGAGGGCAUCACCGCGGAGGAUCGGGGGAAUAG